UCAAGCAACCUUAAAGAGCAACUACCAGCCUGGGAACACGUCAGCGCUCCACCUAAAACAUACCACAAAAUUAAAAACCUUUGUUUAAAACAAAUACAUAAUGUAAAAUUAGUGAAAGAUCUAAAGAAUAUAUCAAGGAGACUGACUAACCAAGCUAUACAUAAACAACAAGACUCCUGCUUAUGCAAAGACUACAUAGACGACCAUAUUGAAGGCUGCAAGAAUCCACAUAGAUGCGCAAUGACUGGAGAUAAGAUCCUCUGUGACCUCCUACCCAAGUAUAACCCAUACUCAUCACCAACGAAAGACAACCUGACAUUGACACACCAGAGGUUAGAAAAAAAUGCAAACACAAGAAAACAA